AUGCAUUGGUGCAGUCAGUUUUUGGAUAUAAGAACGUUCGGGAAUUUGGUGAAGAAAUUAAUUAAACACUCGUGGCGUUGUGUGGAGUGCUGUGCAAACUGCGCCUGCACUCGGCACAGCUUCGUAUUACAGGAUUCAAUUAGUGGUGGAUGCUGCGAGCGUAGUGGGAGGCUGCUGCAUCCACGAGAUGGCGCCCCAUGCCGAGACUCGGAGACAGCUCGAGAUCAAGAUCUCAUC